UUUAAACACGUGUUUUUAUUUUAAAAAAAAAUUAAAAAGGAACUUCUAAAAUUUAAAAGAUGAAAAGUUCAAUAAUUCUAACGUUCACAUUUGGGCUUAUCUAUCAAAUUUCAUGUUUGUAUGACUCUAAUGAUGACGUGAUAGAAUUAAAUAAUGGUAAUUUUAACAACAAAAUUAUAGGCUGUGAUGGAGUAUGUUUCGUUGAAUUUUAUGCACCAUGGUGCGGACAUUGUCAAAGUUUGGCGCCGGAUUACAAGAAAUUUGCAUCCGCUUUUAAAGGAAUCAUUCAAGUAGGAGCCUUGGAUUCGGACGUCGAAAAUAACAAAGACCUUGCCAGUCAAUACAAUAUACGCGGCUUUCCUACUAUUAAAAUAUUUCGCAGCGAUAUUAAGGAACCCAUUGAUUAUUCAGGUCCCAGAACUUCUCAAGGCUUGAUUGAUGAAAGCUUUAGGCAAUUGAAAGAUUUGGUCAACUCUAGGCUGGGAGGAAAAAGCAAGUCUAGAUCUAAAAAGUCUGACGGAGCUGAAUCAGAUGAGACGAACGUUGUAACCUUAACGGAUGCCAAUUUCGCGGACAAAAUUUUCAACGAUCAAUCUGGCGAUUUUUGGCUAGUAGAAUUUUACGCCCCCUGGUGUGGUCAUUGCAAGCAACUAGCUCCGGAGUGGGCCAGUGCCGCUAAUACUCUCAAAGGCAAAGCAGUGAAGCUGGCGGCUCUCGAUGCAACUCAGCAUCCUCUUAUUGCCGGAAAAUAUAAGGUUCAAGGUUAUCCUACUAUAAAAAUGUUUGUCCCCACUAGACCAGGCGUCGAGGUAGAACCCCAGGAUUACGAUGGUGGUCGCCGUGCAGCGGAUAUCGUAACAUGGGUCAAUGAUAAAUUGGCGGAUAAUCAACCUGCGCCAGAAGUUAAACAGAUAAUUAACGAAGAACUGCUGAAAGCUGCUUGUGAUAAAAACAAACUGUGCAUCAUAUCCUUCCUUCCAAACAUCCUCGACUGUCAAUCCCAGUGCCGUAAUGCCUAUAUUGAUACCCUCACCCAACUUGGGGGCGAAUUCAAGAAGUCUAUGCUCGGAUGGCUAUGGACAGAAGCCGGACAACAACCCGAGAUCGAAAGAGCUUUGGAUAUAGGAGGAUUCGGAUAUCCAGCUAUGGCGGCCGUCAAUACCAAGAAGAAGAUAUAUACCGUUCUAAGAGGGCCGUUUAGCGAAGCUGGAAUCAGGGAAUUUGUGAGGGAUAUCAAUUAUGGGAAAGCUGGAACGUCAGCUCCAGUUAGGGAAAAAGAAUUUUCGGACAUUAAGAAAUUAUCUCCUUGGGAUGGACAAGACGGGAAGCUCAUGUUAAAAACGAAAUUAAUGGGUAGUUUGGAUUUCGGGACCAUUCAAUUCGAAAACCUUAUUCGGCCUAGGCUUGGUCCCAAUGUAAUGGAUAUAAAUUCCUUUUUACCCGGGGAAGAGGAAGAAUAUUUUGGGGGAACGGAAGGGGAGGAAGGAAAUUUCGAUGAGAGAGUUAACGAAAAUGGCGAAGAACCGUCUGGAGGAAAUGUCGAUGCUGCCGAGAAGGCCGAAAAUUUUAAUUCCAGAUCGCGGCGGAUAUUUUUAGACUUUUUGACAAUUUAAUUAAAAAUCGAACACAUUUUAUAUUAUAUUGGAAUCGUUUAAUCUCGUUUACAAAAAAAUGCAUUAUAAUACUUAAUUAAUUUAAUGAUUAUAUCAAAUAUUAUCUAAGAUUCAUAUGACA